GUUUACCAGGUACAUUGGCUUCGGGCGAAGUCUCUCAAGGAUCGUUGGGCGGAGGAGAUUUUGCUUGUCCAGCAUGAGAUGGAUUGGACCUGCAACUUCUUUAUUCACAAGGCUGAGGUGUGGAAAAGACUCGGUGUCAUUGCAAAGGAAGCCAAGAAACAAGGUUCAAUGGCUUACGCAGGGAGGCAGGGAAAAAUCUAUCAAUGUCUCUGGGAGGAGGCUAGACUGGCAUUUCACCAGACGAAA